GGCACCGCGCCAGGCGUCCGCCCGCCCUGAAGGCGCCCCAGCCGCGCGCCCCGACGGCUCCCGCCCGCGGAUGCCAGAGUGAGCGCGGCGACGGCGCGAUGCUGGCGCUGCUGGCGGCCGGGGUGGCGCUCGCCGUGGCCGCCGCGGCGCAGGACGUCCCGGCGCCCGGCAGCCGCUUCGUGUGCAUCGCGCUGCCCCCGGAGGCGGCGCGCGCCGGGAAUUCCCCCCCCGGGGGGCCGGGCGGCGCGCUGAGCCCCGAGGAGGAGCUGCGCACGGCGGUGCUACAGCUGAGAGAGACCAUCGUUUCAACAAAAAGAAAAUUCUUGGCGCGCAGCGCGGACCAUCAGCGAGCUUCACGGCCCACGGGCCGCUUCGAGGGGCUGGCCGGCGCCAAGGCGCCGGGCCGCGCGGCCACGGGCAAGGACACCAUGGGCGACCUGCCGCGGGACCCCGGGCACCUGGUGGAGCAGCUCAGCCGCUCGCUGCAGACCCUCAAGGACCGUCUGGAGAGCCUGGAGCACCAGCUCCGAGGGAACGUGUCUACCGCCGCGUUGCCCGGCGACUUCCGAGAGGUGCUCCAGCGGCGGCUGGGGGAGCUGGAGAGGCAGCUGCUGCGCAAGGUCGCGGAGCUGGAGGACGAGAAGUCCCUGCUGCACAACGAGACCUCGGCUCACCGGCAGAAGACAGAGAGCACCCUGAACGCGCUGCUGCAGAGGGUGAGCGAGCUGGAGCGAGGCAACAGUGCGUUCAAGUCGCCCGAUGCAUUCAAAGUGUCCCUCCCCCUCCGCACAAACUACCUGUACGGCAAGGUCAAGAAGACGCUGCCCGAACUGUACGCCUUCACCAUCUGCCUGUGGCUGCGCUCCAGCGCCUCGCCGGGCAUCGGCACCCCGUUCUCCUAUGCGGUGCCUGGGCAGGCCAACGAGAUUGUGCUGAUCGAGUGGGGCAACAACCCCAUCGAGCUGCUCAUCAACGACAAGGUUGCACAGCUGCCCCUGUUUGUCAGCGAUGGCAAGUGGCACCACAUCUGUGUCACCUGGACCACGCGGGACGGCAUGUGGGAGGCCUUCCAGGACGGGGAGAAGCUCGGCACCGGGGAGAACCUGGCCCCCUGGCACCCCAUCAAGCCGGGGGGCGUGCUGAUCCUCGGGCAGGAGCAGGACACCAUUGGGGGCAGGUUUUGAGCCACUCAGGCGUUUGUGGGGGAGCUCAGCCAGUUCAACAUCUGGGACCGCGUCCUCCGUGCCCAGGAAAUAGUCAACAUCGCCAACUGCUCCACCAACAUGCCGGGCAACGUCAUCCCCUGGGUGGACAACAACGUCGACGUGUUUGGAGGGGCCUCCAAGUGGCCGGCGGAGACCUGUGAGGAGCGCCUGCUGGACUUGUAGCCGCCUCUCCCGGUCGGGGGGCGGGGCUCUGCUGACGCCCCGGUUAAACUGUCUGCACCUCCU